AUGUGGAUUCACAUUGACUGUUACUGCCGUCUCUGCGCUGGCCGCAACAUUCCUUCUGAUUCGCCUGUCAGUCCUCUCUCUCCUUCUUUCCACAACCACAUCGGCUUUGACUCACCACCUAGCCCUCUGUCACCAACUCUGUCUUUUACAUCGACUAGCCUUCCCCUUCCGAGUCCUGUGUCUCCUCUACUCAUUGGUGCUGAAGACUGGUCUUUGAGUCCUGUCUCGCCCUUUGCACUCGAGCCGUUCAGCCCGACGGACAAAAGCAGCGCAGCUCCUACUUCUCCUACUCUUUCGAUUGCUGAGCUAACAUCUAGUGGCUUUCCUUCUCCGAUCAUCCUUGAUACUGCAUUCACCUGGGAUCUCUGUGUGAUUCCUCGUGUUCCCACUAACUUUGGCGUCUUUGCACCCAGCUGGCGUGAUGACACUUCUCAGCCUUUCGAUAUGCCUGCGACAAAGCUCGAUGAUGAAGCUAUCAGCCCCAGAACCCUUCCUAACGGUACCGAGGCCGUUCGCUCAUCUCCAGCUCCUCCACCUCUCCCACCAAGACCUGUUCCGCGUCGCCCCAAAAGAUCUCCUUUGCUCACAUCCAAGUUUUCUUGGGGUAGCACACCUACAACCUCCCNNCCUUCUGUGGCUUCACCUGAUUCUUUCCGCUUCACUGGACCGAUCUACACUUUUGAAACUGUUAAUGAAGAAGUCAAGAGCAGAGCUGGUUCUUUGUCUUUUGAUUCUUCCGACAGUGUCUCCAUUCACACACUCGACGCCGAGGAUAUGCCCUUGAAGUUUGAAAACAAGCCUUGGUGGGAGAACAUCCCUGAAGUCUCGCCAUUGCCUUCUCCUACUUUGAGUGUUCACUCUUUUGGUGGCUUUUCUGGUGUUCAUGCUUCUCCUGCUUUUCCUGAGUUUACUUUCCCUGCUCUUUCGCCUCCUUACUCGCCUUCUGUUUCUUCUUUUACUGACGAGAUUGAUAUCCGCAAUGUUUAUUGGACUGCUGUUACUCCCCAGACUGCUGCUGAGUAUCUAGCUGUUUUCGGCAUCUCGGUCUUUGAAGACGAGUUCGCUUGGAUGCGCUAUCCCGUUUCUGGUCCCCACGACCUCUGCUACUCUUCUGACGAUGAAGACGACAAUGACACUGCUGGCUAUGAUUGGGACAACCACAACCCUACUGCCCUUGACACUUCUGAUCCUUUUGGAGAGGUUGAUGAUGUGUUUGCUUUGUACGCUGACUCUAUUUCUUCUUCGUAUCUUUCGUCUUUUGACGAUGAUAGUGAUGAGGAGUGGAGUUUUGAGGCUGAUGAGUAUUCGGGGUUGNAGGAUAGUGUGGGUUUUGCUGUGAUGGCUGAAGCUGCGAGAGCGAGGUAUGUUUCUUCGUUCCUUGGUAACUCGGCUAUUUCUAGUGUUAAAGAGGUUUGUGUUGAGGNNGAUGGGCAGAUGGGGUCGAUUGAUUUGAUUGUUGCGAGUAUAUUUUAG